UCAAAUGGCCGCUGCUGUUUCGAUUGGUAAGAAUUUCUGGUCAAUCAGAGAGCAGAGGAUCGAAACCACUAGGCGCUUAUUGGAGCGCCUGUUGCAGUUACCUUUAGAACGAGCCUCAUAAAAACGUGAACAAUUUGCAUAUCGCUUAAGUGCAAGUGUGUGCCAUAGAAAAAGGACGGUUCCGGUGGUGGUGUGUACGCGUCACAAAAUAAAAAAUUAUCAGUUUCGGAGCGUUAAUUAGUGAAUCAGUGUUUGUUUUUUCAAGCCCGAAGGAAGGAAGCCAAAUCAGCAAAGCAAAACAAGUGAAUGUCUGGUCAACCCGGUGCAGCGGGUCAGUCGGUGGCCAGUUCGUCGGGAAAAAUGAGUGACGCUCAGCGCAGUAUCGAAGAGUUCUGGCCGGCGGUGAUGAACGAGACGGUGCGGCUUAAACACGUCGAACCGGGCAACCAGCUGUUGCCGUUGGCACGAAUAAAAAAAAUCAUGAAACUGGACGAAGACGUAAAAAUGAUAUCCGCCGAAGCUCCGCUGCUAUUCGCCAAAGCCGCCGAACUGUUCAUCCAGGAGUUAACCCUCCGAGCCUGGCUGCACACGGAAGAGAACAAACGACGAACGUUGCAACGGAGCGACAUUGCGAUGGCCAUUGCCAAAUAUGAUCAGUUUGAUUUCCUGAUCGAUAUCGUACCCCGAGAGGAGAUUAAACCGUCCCGGCGGGACUAUGAAGCGAAGUCAUCGACGGACGAUGUCCAGUAUUAUCUACAGCUUGCCCAGCAACAUCAACAAGCUCUGCAGGACAGUAGCAGCAGCAGCAGUAACAGCGGUACCACGGCGACCGUUGCGAAUCCCACGAACAGCACAACGAAUGUAAUUCAAAUGCAAACAACUUCUCCGGCAGUAGCUCAAGUAAAACUGCAACAGCCUCAGGUUCAAACGGUGCAGCAAACCACGCCGCAGAUCGCAACUAUCACAGCUCCAACGCAGAACAUAAUUCUCACCAAUCCUGGGACGGGUCAAGCCACCAUUCAAACUGCAGGAACAACGGCCAUCAAUGCAGCCCAGCUAGCACAAGGUCAACCGCUUCAGCUGAUGCAACAAGUUCUCACCCCAACCGGAGAAGUAACUCACAUUCCCAUCCCGUUGACCCAAACUCAGCUCAACUUCAUUCGAUCACAGAUACAGCUGGGUGGAACGGCAGCCGGUAAUCCAACGGCACAACCCACCGGACAGCCGAUCAUCAUUCAGGCACCGCAGAUUCAAACGACACCAACGAUCAUUCAGACAUCGCCGGCCGGAGUGUUUUUGAAUGCAGCACAGCUUCAGCAACUGCAGCAACAGCAGCAGCAGCAACACCAACAGCAACAUCUCACCAUUCAACAAUCUCCGGUGCAUCAACAUCAACCGCAGCACCAGCAGCAGCAAAGCCAGUACGAAUAAAUGGGAAACGCCCCAAGCCGAAACCUGUAAAUAGUGUUUUAUAUCAGAUUUUUACCAACUUGGUAUACCGAAUUAGGUUAGGUUGAUAACAUCGAUUAAAUUAAAU